UCACGAAUUUGAAACAUCCAAUUCCCAAAUAUACACAGACCCUAGCCUUGGCUCUUCCCCCGAAUCGCCAUUGCUUUUGAAGAAGAAUCGCGCACAAUGGAUCUAGAGAUCGUUGGUCGUCACGCUCUUUUUUUCGACGACGAUUCGAUGGCAACGUUUGUCAACUCACCGACGGCGCUCGUUGACUGGAACAGCCUCUUUAUUGACCGCUACGAUGUUCGUCACCUCCUCUCUUCUCUUCCUCCUCCACGUAUCAAGCGCCGUCGUUCGGUUCCAGAUGAUCCUGACUUGGAAUCGGAGCUCGAUCACGAGCGUUACCUUGAUUUACCGGCGGAAUCUCCAUCUCCGUCGGAUGAUGAAGAAGAUAUGAAUGAUGAUUCAGCAAAUGCAAAUGCCGAUGGUUAUCGUGCUGUCCCCUUUUCAUAUGGAAGCUCCAGUGAUUUCAAUGACCAGAAAAAUGCUGAUACGGAAUCUGGAUUUCACCCGCCUUUCCCCUUGCCUGAUUAUUUACUUCAAAACCUGCCUCCAACUGAGAAAUUACAUCAGAUCAUCACCAAAACUUCAAGCUUUGUAAGCAAGCAUGGUGGGCAAUCUGAAAUCGUCUUGAGAGUCAAACAAGGAGGCAACCCAACAUUUGGGUUCUUAAUGCCAGACCACCAUCUUCAGAAAAAGAACGAAAGUGAGAAGGACGGUGGAGCUUUGUCAUUGCUUGGUUCAGUUUAUGGGACUGUAGAAGAUGAAGAUGCUAACGAAGAGUCUGCAAAUGACUCUAAAACAAACGAGUCUGCCAAAGUAGAUGAUGGUGUUAAGGUAGCUGAUUCCAAUGGACCUGAAGGGUUGAUAGGAGCUGCAAAGAUUGCCACAGAGAGAGAUGCAGCCUCUAAGCAUUCUCUACCGUUGAAUGAUAAGGCAUCUUUCAUAAAAAGAAAUCCUUCUGUCAGUGGAGUAGAUGUUGUAGAGAGGAAGCAGAUCAAUACAGAAGAUAAUGCUACCAAAAUGUUUUUGACGUCUGAUAAGUCGCAAUAUUCUGCAAUGCUGGCUCCACCCAAGCCUGAACUGCAGAUUGUGGAGCCGACUACGGAGAUGAAAAGAGCGAUUGAUAAGAUAGUAGACUUCAUCCAAAGGAACGGGAAAGAACUAGAGGCGACUCUUGUUGCGCAGGAUGUGAAAUACGGGAUGUUUCCAUUCUUACGUCCAGCUAGCUUAUAUCAUGGAUAUUAUCGGAAGGUUCUCCAAGAAGCCGAAGAGUUGAAAUCAUGCGACAAAGGCGUCAUUACCAGAGAGGAAGACAGAGUGGAAGACGUGAAGCAAAAGAGGAUGGACAAUGCUGUAAAAGAUGGAAAACAUGCGUUUGGGAGUGUUUUACCAGAUGAUUCUGCCAAGAAAGAGAAACCAAAAAUGGUUAGUGACAGACCAAAGGUCGAGUUGCAGAACGAACCAUUCAAGCCUGUCCAACCGCAGAUGAGGGUGAAUGUGGAUGUGAAUACUGCUGCUGCUAUUCUUCAAGCGGCUAGAAGAGGCAUAAGGAAUCCUCAGCUGGGGAUUCUAUCAGGCAAACCCAUGGAUGAGACUUCUCAGAGCCCCGGAAAUGAUGGAAGUUACCCUUCAUCUAAGUCCCCCCCUGAUUUGACGAAAUCUACAGGUCAGUUGAUCUCUGGCUCAACUGUUGCUAGUGAAGCUGAUUCUUCUGAAGCAGGCUUGUCUAAGGAGCAGAAGUUGAAGGCAGAAAGAUUGAAACGUGCAAAAAUGUUUGUGGCCAUGUUAAAACUCGAAGCUCAGCCAGUGCAACAAGCUGAACUGUCGCAAAGUGUAUCGCUCGCACUGUUGGACUCCGGGAUUUCUGGAUUAGAUGAUAAAGCUGCCAAAGACAGAGAAGGUAGCUCAAUUCCAUCUGUAGCUGAGACAAAACUAGCAGAUGAUGGUAACUGUGAAAGACGAUCAAAGAGGAAUUACCGCUCGAGAUCACAGAGAGAUGAAGAUGAUAAGAUGGAACGAGGAGAAGAAGAAGAAGAGGAAGAGAGCACCAUGGAUGAAGCUACAGAAGAAACCAGGACCGAUAAGAAGCAUUCAUCUAGUAGAAAACGGCAUAAACAUAAGACACGAUACUCUUCCAAGGACAGACAUUCUCGGGACAAGCACAAGCAUGAGAGUUCCUCGGAUGAUGAGUAUCACAGUCGUUCACGUCAUAGACACAGACGCAGCAAAUCUUCAGAUAGGCAUGAGCUAUAUGAUUCUUCUGAUAAUGAGGGUAAGCACCGACACAGAUCUAAUAAACACAGCAAAGAUGUUGAUUAUUCCAAGGACAAGCGUAGCAUUCAUCAUCACAGAUCCAGGAAGCAUGAUAAGCAUCGUGAUUCAUCUGAUGAUGAACAUCAUCGUCACAGACACAGAUCCAGUAGACGCAAGCACGAGGACUCUUCAGACGUCGAGCAUGGUCAUCGACACAAGUCUAGUAAACGUAUAAAGAAAAAUGAGAAAACAGUGGAAGAGGAGACUGUUUCAAAGUCAGAACAGUCUGAUCUUAAAGCUGCCCCUGAAGAUAACUUACUGUACCCACAAAACGAACCAACUCAAGUUUCAGAUGAGCUAAGAGCCAAAAUCCGUGCCAUGUUAGCUGAUACCUUGGGAAAUGGUCGGUGAGCAUCUGAAAAGCAUAGAGGUCAUACAUAAAACCCGAUGCUGACAGGCAAUCCCGUGCGUACGAGAAGAGUUGGAAAACUUAAUUUUAUGUGUUUUCGAAAUACUAUUUUGCAAACUAAUGUUAAAAAAAAGUCGGAUAAACUAGUGUUUGUUUUGUUUUGUU